CGACGUCACUUCACUGCUUCUUUAGUUAGCCUGUCUUCUCCGUGUGCAGCUAAGCUAGGUCCUUUGCAUUUUGUUUAUGUCCACAGUUGCGUGAAUUAACUAUUUUUUUUUAACAAUGGCUGGCAGCGCAGGAGAGUGGUGUCUGAUGGAGAGUGACCCCGGAGUGUUCACAGAAUUGAUAAAAGGAUUUGGCUGCAAAGGAGCCCAGGUUGAGGAGAUCUGGAGUAUGGAGCCAGAGAACUUUGACAACUUAAAACCAGUUCACGGCUUGAUUUUCCUGUUCAAGUGGCAGCCUGGUGAAGAGCCCGCUGGGUCUGUUGUCCAGGAUUCAAGACUUGACCAAAUCUUCUUUGCUAAACAGGUCAUAAACAACGCUUGUGCCACACAAGCAAUUGUCAGCGUCCUGCUUAACUGUGCCCAUUCCGACAUGUUGCUUGGAGACACGCUGACUGAGUUCAGAGAGUUUUCGCAGAGUUUCGACGCCGCUAUGAAAGGUUUGGCUCUCAGCAACUCUGAAGUGAUCAGACAAGUUCACAACGGCUUUGCCAGACAGCAGAUGUUUGAAUUUGAUGCAAAGUCAUCAGCAAAGGACGAGGACGCCUUCCACUUUGUGAGCUAUGUUCCUGUUAACGGCAGACUAUACGAGCUGGACGGACUUCGAGAGGGGCCAAUUGACCUGGGUGUUUGCAAUCAAGAUGAUUGGAUCAGCGCAGUUCGGCCAGUGAUUGAGAAAAGAAUACAAAAGUACAGUGAAGGAGAGAUCCGAUUCAACUUAAUGGCCAUCGUGUCAGACAGAAAGAUGAUAUACGAGAGGAAAAUCGCAGAGCUCCAGACUCAGCUCACUGAGGAUGAGCCAAUGGACACAGACCAGAGCAGCACGUUUCUUAGUUCCAUCCAGUCAGAGAUCGCAAAGUACCAGCUACUUAUUGAAGAGGAAAAUCAGAAACUUAAACGAUAUAAAAUUGAAAACAUUCGACGAAAGCACAACUACCUUCCUUUCAUCAUGGAGCUACUGAAGACGCUGGCAGAGUACCAGCAGUUAAUACCCUUGGUGGAGAAGGCAAAGGAGAAACAGACCACCAAAAAAGCCCAGGAGGCCAAGUGAACAACAAAAAAGCCCUUCAACAGAGAAGCCUCUAAAUACACAAUCACAGACACACAGUCACUCUUUCAUCAGUGAGCCACACACAGAUACUGUACAUCAUUUGUCAUAUGCAUAAUGACUGCGGAUAGUCUGCAGCACUCCUUUACUGUGGCAUCCUGUGAACCUCACAGACAUGAAGAACUGUACUGCAGGUAUAGCAGAGAGACUGUCACUCUCUUCAUGUGUGUCCAUCAAGCUCUAUUGCAUGAUAGAAGGAAAGAUGUGCGCAAAUGUUCUGUCUUAUUUUCAUAAUAAAAUAUUUAGAUGUUAA